CGGGCGGAACGGUUGUGUUGGGGCGCGUUUCCGCGGGGAAACCGUGAGGGACGGACCGCGCCUGGGGGCGAGGGAGGGGAACGGACACUUCCGGCGGAAGUGGCUGAGGGACGGGCGCGGGAACCGGGGCUCGCCAUGGAACCGGAGCCGGGCCCGGGCCCCGAUCCCGACCCGGGCCCCGAUCCCGACACGGGCCCCGAUCCCGACACGGGCCCCGGCCACGAUCCGGGAACGGGCCCGGAGCCGGUACCUGAGCCGGUAACGGACCCGGCAAACGAUCCCGACGUGGAGCCGCUGCACCGGGGUGGCUUCCGCUGCCGCCUGUGCCAGAUCACCACGGCCAACCGCCCCAGCCUGCGCGCGCACCUGGCGGGCCGGCGGCACGCGCGGCGGCGGCGGCAGCGGGCGGAGCGCAGUGCGCAGGCGCAGCGCAGCCUCUUCGUCAGCGGCUUCGCGCGCGGCACCGCGCCCGAGCGGCUGCGGCGGCACUUCCGCGCCUUCGGGGCUGUCGCGACAGUCGUGAUGGACAAGGACAAGGGCGCGUUCGCCAUCGUGGAGCUGCGGGACGCCGCGGGGCGGCAGCGGGCGCUGGACGAGCCCCGGCACCUCCUGGACGGGCGGCGGCUGCGGGUGCGGCCCCGGGAGCACCGGGACUUCCCCCGGGCGCCGCCCCGGCAGCCCCCCGGCACCCCCCCGGCGCCCCCGGGGCUGCUGCAGGCGCUGGGCCGCGCCCCGGACGUGGGGGCGCAGCUGCAGCUGCUGGUGCGGGCGCUGGAGCUGAGCGCGGCCGAGCGGCGCCUGCGGGAGCUGCUGGUGGCCCUGAUCCGAGAGGUGUUCACCGAGUUCUUCCCAGGCUGCUCCGUUGUCCCCUACGGCUCCUCCGUCAACGGCUUCGACGUCCACGGCUGCGACCUGGACCUGCACCUGGAGCUGGGGGACCCCCGGUCCCUGUCGGGGGAUGAGUCCCCCGAGGCCGAGGGGUCCCUCUUGGGGCGCGGGGGGUCCCUCUUGGGGCGCGGGGCCCCCCCGGAGCAGGCGCUGGCGCUGGUGGGGGCGGUGCUGCGCCGCUGCGUGCCGGGGGUCCGGGGGGUCCGCGCCGUGCCCGGCGCUCGGCGCCCCGUGGUCAAAUUCAGCCACAAACAGUCCGGGCUGGCCGGGGACGUGUGCCUGGACAACCGCCUGGCUCUGUUCAACACGCGCUUCCUGCGCCUCUGCGCCGACGCCGACCCGCGGGUGCGGCCCCUGGGCUACGCCCUGCGCCUCUGGGCGGGGGGGGCACGGCUGGCAGGGAACCGGGCCGGGGGCGGCCCCCUCCUCACCAACUACGCGCUGACGCUGCUGCUGGUGCUGUUCCUGCAGAGCCGCAGCCCCCCCGUGCUGCCCUCGGUGCGGCGCCUCCGCCUCCUGGCAGGGCCCCAGGACCGUGCCCGGGUUGGGGGGUGGGAUUGCAGCUUCCCCCGGGACGCGGCGGCGCUGGAGCCCAGCGGGAACAGCCAGAGCGCCGCCUCCCUCCUGGCCGAAUUCUUCUCCUAUUUCGGGACCCUGGAUUUGGGGGGGCUCCUCCUGUCCCCCCUGGAGGGCCGAGCUCUGCCUCGCCCCCCUCCCGAGAGCCUCGGGGGGCUCCGCCCGGGCCCCCUGACCCUGCAGGACCCCUUCGAGCUGAGCCACAACGUGGCCGCCAACGUCACGGCGCGCACGGUGUCGCGAUUCGUGCGCUGCUGUCGCGACGCCGCCCGCCUGUGCCGCGGCCCCGAGUUCCUGCAGAGAUCGCGCCGGGGCCGCCCCUGGGGCGUCAUGCGGCUGCUUCAGGCCGGGAAUCCCGGGAAUCCCGAGGAGAAAUUCCUGAUCCCGGUCCCGCUGCGACCCCCGGCGGGGUGCGGCGGGGUCCCGCAGCGCCAGGCGUGCGCGGCCGUGGGCUUCGUGCUCAGGGAGGUGCUGGGCUGCGGCUGCGAGCCCGAGCGGGGCUUUGGGGACACGGGGACACCGGGGGAGCCACCCCCGGGAGCGGAAUGUCACCUGGAGGGGGGGACAGGAGAGUCCCGGGGAGAAUCCGGGGACGCGGGGACAGCGGGGGAUGAGGGGGAGCCGCUCCCAGAUCCUUCGGAGCCACCCCCGGGAGCGGAAUGUCACCUGGAGGGGGGGACAGGAGGGUCCCGGGGGGAAUCUGGGGCACCGGGGGAUGAGGGGGAGCCGCUCCCAGAUCCUUCGGAGCCGCUCCCGGGAGCCGAGUGUCACCUGGAGGAGGGGACAGGAGGGUCCCGGGGGGAAUCUGGGGACGCGGGCACAGCGGGGCCGGGCUCGAAGCGUCGCCUCCCCGAGGGGGUCCCGGACGGGGCCGGGGUCCCGCCCGCAAAGCGCCCCCGGGGCCCCGCGGGUCCCUCCCGGUGGAGCUGCUGCGUCUGGUACCGGGUGUGGCGGGGCCGCCGCCGCCUCCGCCGCCGCCUCCGGCCCCGGGGGGGCUCCGGGGCUGCUCCGGUGACCGGGGAGACCGAGGGGAACCGGGGCGCUCAAGGGAUUGAGGGUCCUGGGGGGGCUCCGGACCCCGGAGGGGCUCAGGAUCCCGAGGGGGUUCAGGAUCUCGGGGCUCCCGCUGCUCCUGGGGGGGUUCAGGAUUUUGGGGGGGGUUCAGGGGAGGUUCAGGAUCCCGGGGGGGCUCAGGAUUUCGGGGGGUCCACCCUGGCGCUGGAGCGGGCCGUGACCGAGGCCAUCGUCCGAGGGGACACCGGGACCCCUCCCGGGCCCCCCCCGGAGCCGCUGCUGCGUUUCCAGCUCAGCGCCCGCCCGGGGGGGUCGCGCCGGGACCCCCAAAUGCUGCUGCAGCUCCAGCCCGACCCCCCCUCGCCGCUUUUCCAGGAGUUUUUCCACUUUUUGCGGAGUUUUCUGCCCGAAAUGGUGCGGCAGCGCCUGGGCUGGGGGAGGCAGGGGGCAAGGGGGACUUUUGUAAAUCCUGAGCUUUUCCAGUAAAAUCCGU